ACACUCGCUGAAUUUAUUGAUUUUUUGUUUUGUUUUAAGUACCAUGCAGAGAGAUUUAAUGUUAUUCCGAUUGCAAGACAAGAUUAUUAAAAAUGCGUGGAUCUUGGAGCAUCUAGGAAGCAUUCUAUAAUUCACCUUAAGCUUUUAUCCAUUAAAAAAUCCUUGCUUUAUGCAAAUAAUGUUAAUCGCAGUGGUUGUGACUUCGCAAGCUCCUAUGUUCUCAUUCAAUGUCUUAUCUCUGUACUCGUCUUAAUGUCACAGUCAGCUGUCAUAUAGUUGUAUUCGGCAUUUAGCGGCCAUUUUCGACGAAUCUUCGUUUUCUGUUUACAUCGUUCAACUUUGAGCAGCAAAAUUCGAAUAACUUUUCGAUUUAAUUACCAAAAAUUUAAUAAAUUAGCUUAUAUCCUGUAUAAAAUAGUUGAAAAUGUCACGUAGUGUUAGAGCAGAAACUCGUAGCCGAGCAAAAGAUGAUAUCAAACGUGUUAUGAAUGCAGUAGAAAAAGUGAGACAUUGGGAAAAGAAAUGGGUUACAAUUGGUGACACUACUAUGAAGAUCUAUAAAUGGGUGCCUAUAUCGAAUUCAGAAAAGAAGAAAGUGAGCAGUGUUAACAAAAGUGAUAAGGAGAAUUCACAAAAAGGCACGCCAACACCACCGCAAAUCACGCCCUACACCGGUCUAACUGCUGAAGAUUCGAACACCUGUUUUUCCAUGGUCAGCGAUUCACAAGGUGCCACUGAAUUUGUCUCUAGUAUGCCUUUUUCUGAGGACUCCAACUCUCAAGGUAGCGAAGGACCAGUGAAACGACUAAAGACUAGUGAUUAAUCUCCUACCGCUAUAUAACUAAAUGCACUUGUAUUCGCAACAGCUGCUAUUCACAAUCAGUCAGACUCGAAAAUCAAGCAAUUUUCAUGUAUAAGAAAACAAUGGGUGUGACAAAAAAAAAGAGUUGAAAUGGAAAAAACUUAGUUCAAAAAAUUUUAUUCUCUCAUUGCAAUUGUUUAGCAUUAUGGAAUACUAAAUAUUAUUUAGUGAAACUACACACCACUGCAUAUAAAUACAUACUCAGUACUAUUAGCCUGAGUUAUUGCUGCUAACUAACUACUUUUAAGCAAUUUAUUAUAUUAAAUAAUUCUAAUUUACUUGCAAAUAUGAAACGUGCGCGUAGCUUAGUCAUUAUUAUUUUAGUGUUAAGUGAAAUCCUGCUCCGAUAUUGUAAUUUAUAUAGAAAUGCUCUAACUCCGUUCGAAUAGUGUGGAGAAAGAGUGUGGGUGCGUGUGUAUGCGCGAGUGUGCGUACGUACUCGGAUAAUACGUAGAAACGUAUUAAUUAGUGUUGAUUACAAUGAAGACAUAUUUUCAAUGUAUGUAUUAUUUAAUUCUUGCUUUGUAAUUUUUUUUUUCUUAGUUAAUGUUAGUGCAAGCUCUGACACUUGCAUUAAAAAAAUCCGAAUUAUUAAAUAAAUAACAAUAUAAAAAAUAAAUAAAUGAAAAAUAUACAAAUAUAUAAAUAUCACGCUAUAACGAUGAUCGUGCACAUUGUAUGGUCAACGUCUUGAGGCUGUCUGAAGGCACGUACGUAACUUAAAAACCUACAAAUUUCAUGUCUCUGUCAGUUGAAGAAUAUUCAAUAUUAAUUUAUUAAAGUUUGUAUUAAAGAUUACAUUUUUUGCUCUAAGAAAAAUUGUUGUUGUUUUUAUUUUGUGAUCUAGAGUGGGCGAAAUAGUGAGUAGUCUUUAAUGGUGUAAGUAUAAUAGACAGCGCUGUGGGAUAAUUCGACAUGUGGCUGAGGGCUGGUAGGUGUUCUCCAAUUCUUGUCUUAUCUGUUAGAAGUGGGUAAUGAUUGCAUGGAAAUAUUGUGCGAAAAAUAAGUUUUUUACCAGUUUUAUCCCAAAAGCACUUUGGGGUAUACUUUUGCCAUUACAACAACAACAGCAAAAAAAAUUUUUUUAAUAUUUUUUUAUUCAAUACAAUACUUUCGCACUUUAUUUUAGUAAACAUUUUGAACUGCUCCUCUUGUAUAAUCGAAUAGUAGCUAACACAAAGGUUAUAUUUUUGAUUUCAAUUUAUAUAAUAUAGAAAUAUUAAAUGCUAUUUAAGCUACCACUUGAAAAUGAAACUCCCUACAAUUUAUUGUAUCAAUUAAAAUUUGGCCAAUUUACAAUACAUUUACGUAUAAUUUUAUGUCUUCCAAUUAUUUUGUAUUCAAACUUUAGCUACAACAAUGUAAAAAUUAACAAUUUCUAUAAAUCAAUACAUUUUUUAUGCACCGUCUUCUGUACUUUUAAUUAGUAUAUUUUUUUAAAUUUUUUUAGAUUUUUACGUUUCAAUAUUAUUUGUAUAUUUUUAGCAAAUUUUUUUUUUCCUGCCUUUAAUUUAGUCUAAGCCCUUACUAAUUAUUUACUUUACAUAUAAAAAUUGAA